AUGCAUUGUCUACUUAAAUUUGUUUUUUUCCUCUUUGGAACUCUUCAUGCCGAAAACAUUUUGAUCAUCAAUCCGAUUUUCGGGUACAGUCAUGUCAAGUUUAUCAGUAAAAUGGCUGAUGUUAUAGCUGAUCAUGGACAUAAUGUGACACUAUUCCAACCAUUCCAUAUUGCUAUGAAAAACCUCGAAGGGUUGGUUAAAAAUAAGAAUAUCGAAAUUAUCAACUACUAUCCGGAUCAUUAUGAAGAUUUAUUGAAAUCCGAAGUUCAAACGUUCCCAGAGUUUUGGGACUCGCGUCUUGUCAACAAUCCGUUUCUUUCUUCAUUCAUGAUUUCAAAAAUUUUAACUGACGAAUUCGCGAAAACUGGUACUCAGCUCUACCUUCUGCCCUUGGAUACACCACACGAGACGGUUCAAAAGGUGCACCGAAUGCUGGAUACUUGGAUCGGCUUAACGAUGUCUACAGAAAAUAUUUUGAAGACUUGA